AUGAUGUCCUCUCCCACAUCAUCACAGAACAUUCUGUCCACAAACAAUCUCUCGGUGCUACCACCCAUCCUCACAGAUGGGACGGUGAAACGGUCAUCGACGCUUCCGAAGGAUCGGCUCUCCACGUAUUCCAAUGUCUCGCUAGCAUCCCAAAAUCGUUCGCGCCCAGGCUCCCAUGUCUUCCCUAUUUUCCAUACCAGCCUUCCAUAUGCUCUUGUGCGAGACUUCGCCUACCCCUCCACCCACCCUCUCCAUUACGGGCCUCCUCCUCCUCGCGCCUCCGGGGUCUCCACACCGGCAAGUGAACAUCGACGCCUCUCCGAUCCACCACCUUCGUGGGAUAUAUCUCGGGGAUGGUCAACAGGCCAAUCGAGCACAGAAUCGCAGAUUAGCCAUGUCCACCAACAGUUGCCAGCCAUGUCCUUUGGGGAUGGACCACCAUACAGCGAGGAUGAAGACCUGCAUAGCCCAGUUGUGACCUCGCGUCAUCGCAAAAAGUCUUCUGACAUGAAUGGUCUUGUAGAUGAGAGAGUCAUGUCCGGAACCGGGCAUGCGGGGAACAACGAUCGCGGAAUGCUCAUUGGCAUUAACGCCGAUGGCAGUGAGACUUAUUAUGUAAAUGAUGGAGACAUGUCAGAUGAUGGACCAGGUGGUGAGUACGUGACAUAUCCGGCAAAUGAAGGGCGGUAUUCAAUCAUGGGAUACAGCGCCCAGGGCGGUCAGCAGGGCCAUGAACACGACCUUGGCUUUGAGUCCGAAGAUGAAAUCCCCGGUGGAAAUCGAUACUCUAGAGACUAUCAGUUUGCCGUUGGCUGCCCGGAUGAAGAGAUGCAUGGAAAAGCUGUUGCACUCUUUGACUUCACACGAGAGCAUGAGAACGAACUGCCUCUUACCGAGGGCCAAGUGAUUUAUGUUUCAUACCGGCAUGGUCAGGGCUGGCUGGUGGCCGAAGAUCCCAAGACAGGGGAGAAUGGUCUUGUCCCGGAGGAGUUUGUGCGUCUUCUGCGAGACAUCGAAGGAGGUUUGACGUCGUUGAAUGGGGAACCGAACCCUGAGGUCACCGGUACCGCAGACAUCAGUCUAGACUCCACCAGGUCUGAUCAAAUAUCUACGCCUACCCAGGUAGAGCAGUCUUCAUUUGACGUGGAUGCUCAGUCUGAAAACAAAGCCACCAACGGCAAUGCCUUAGCUGCAGUCUCGACAGAAGGCACGGAUGCAUCUCAAUCUGCGUCGGAGACCGGGAUCUCGAGCGGUAAAGCGGCGGAAAGCGCCGACAAGCGCUCUAGUACGCUGACCAAGACCUGA